AUGGUUGGACGUGAUGAUGGAUCUGAUUUUUUAUUUCAUUCACAAAAAGCAUCUCGUGAUCUAGUUGAAAUAAUUACAGGUCCUUCAAAUGGAGAUAAAACACGAUUGAUCCUUCGAAUAAUGAGUAGAGCCAAAUCUAUCAUCAAUGGUAAAACAUACAAACUAAAAAGCAAGACAGAUAAACCACAGGAGAUUGAUUUCACAAACGAAAAGCAAAUAUCCAUUGAAUGCUCUAAUAAUAUAAAUGAUGAAUCACAAAGAGUAUUUCCAGAUACUCCUAUUAUUAUUGAAUGGGUGGAGUUUAAUUUGUUUGCUAAUUCAAUUGACCGGAGUAUUGAACAAUUACAAGAUUGUAAUAUCGAUUUUAGAGUUGCUCAUGACUUUGACAAAGUAACACAUUAUUACUCAAAUGGUACAGAUGAGGAUACUGAUAAUUUUAAAUUGGCAGUCAUCAAGGGAAUACCCGUUUUAAAUUCACAAUGGCUAGAAUUGAUCAUGUCGAAGGACAAGGAUGUAACAGUCGAUGACUGGCUACUACAUGCCGAUUAUACAAAGCUCGUUCCCAAUGGUGAUCAAAACUUACUACCUACGUGCCGACUGAAUUUGUUGGAUGGAAUAAAACUAUUAUCUACGGAGGAAAUAAAAUGGAUAGAGACUAUUGUUCUUGAUUCCCAUAAGUUAGAAAAUGAAUUAAAGCAAAAGGUAGACGCGGAUAAAGAGUUUGUAUUAGUUAGUGAUGUUACCAUUGACAACUUACAAACCAUCACUAAGAAUCAGUUGUGGGGGUAUAUAAAGAAGAAUUCACUUGAAGGGCUUCCGAGAAAUACGAUCAAGCAAUUGAAACGUCCAGCUCCUGAACCGGUUAUAGAAGAAGAAACAAUUCCAAGAUCUGUCACAGUAUCUCCCGAUAAACCCAAACCUAGAAAGAGAAGAAAAUAUGAGAAAGUUGACAGGUUGCAUUUCUUUUCAUUGACAAACACAGAGCCAACUACUGUAACUGUACCAUCUGAACAAGUGCCACUCGCCAUGAAUGAAAAAAAGGUGAAUGCAACCCCAGAUGUCGUUAAUACAGUUGAUUCUGACUCGACAUCAAACACUAAAGAUUUUACCACCAGUGAUGAAGGACGAUCCCUACCGGAUUCUCAAGAGGAGGUUAAUAUUAAAGAACAAAUCGAAGAAUCGAUCGCCACUGCUGAACGACAACUGAACGAGGACACUGCUCCAACGCUUAAGGUAGAUUCGUACCAGACUGACACUCAGUUGGAAGAGAAUGGCAGCAUUAUUGGCCAAAAGAGAAAACAGGAACCAAUAGAUAGCAAACCGACAAAAAUUCCCAAAUUCAUGCCAAAGGUUACAUUAGCCGAAGCAGUUAUUCAAGUGAAGAAAUCAAAUGAACAAGAGGUUAUAGAACUUGAUGAAAAUAUUGAUAAUUUAAAAAACCUUUCUAUAGUCGAAGUGGUUGAUUUGAUCCCAAGAAAGAAAAAAGACAAGAUAGAGGCCAAUGAAUCAUUGUAUGCUGGAAGAAAGAAUUUCAAAAGAUUUAGGAAGCCUCAAAAGAAAGUUAAUAGAAGAAGAGUAGGGUUAGUUACAAUUGAUGAUAGAAUGAAUUGUGAAAUUGAUGAAGAUGAUGACGAAGAGGAAGAAGGUUUUACAAAUAAUAUGGAAACAAGAGUGAGUCGCUCCCAACAUUCUGAAGGGCUGGAAGCAAGUGAAGCACCAAGGAAAAGAAUCGGGUUGUUUUUAAACGAUGAUGAUGAUCUGGAUGACGAGGAGUAG